AGUUUUGCUUCUUUGACAGCCCAUAGGUGGCAUAACACGAAGAGCAUGACUCAAUCUACUGAAGCCACGAGUGAAAACGUGGAAAGUGGUAUUGAAACACCAUUAUUAUUCAGCGAGAAGAAGCUCGGAGUAGAAUCGCCGUUCGAUGAUGACAGCAUUUUAGGAGGAUAUUCUGUCUUGACCAAGUCCAUGAUUGGUAGUGGUAUGCUUGGCAUGGCUUAUGCAGGGUGUCAAUGGGGUUUUGUGAUGGGUAUUGUGGCUUGCCUAGUUACGGCUGGUAUAACGUAUUUUACGGUAUACAUUUUAGCCGUUAUGGCCAUGGAGUUUAUAUCCGCUUCUACAAGAGAGCUUUCCUUUUUCAAUGUUGCCAAACUUGUAUCUCCUAAAACUAGCUGGUUGAUUGACCUGGGGAUAGCUGUAAAGGCGUUUGGUGCCUCGGUUGCUUAUAUUCAAAUAGUGGGAAGCCUGAUGGCCGAGGUUGUACUUCAGGGUUUCUCACUCAGUAUUGACCGUCAAAUAGUGAAGUAUUUAGUACAGAUUGUAUUGGUUGUGCUCCUGGCACCUGCCGUAUACUGCAAGUCAAUUACUGCUACUAAGGCUGUGAAUAUGUUUGGUAUAGCCAACCUAGCCUAUCUGGCCAUUCUAAGUAUCGUCUAUGCGCGCCCUUCCUGGGACAACGUUACUAUAUGGCCACUAUCGGCUUCCGGACUUUUCUCGAGGCUACCCGUUUUCAUAUUCUGUUUCAGCUGUCAGCAGAACUUGUAUAAAGUCUGCAACGAAUUACGGUAUCCUUCUCUGGGUAAACUCGAGAAGAUGGGUAUCUGGACUGUACUGUCCGGAUUCAUCAUCUACACUACUGUGAUGGUUUUUCCGUACAUGACCUUUGGUGAGAGUGUUGACUCCAACUUCCUACAUAACCUGCCACUGGAAUCAUAUCCAGUGAAGUUGGGAUACAUAGCAGCUAGUUUGAGUCUCGGUAUUAACUUACCUUUGGCUAUGCACCCAUGCCGUAAUUCAAUAACUGUACUCUGGUUUAAAGGCGACGUACCAAGUGACCCUGUAAAGGAACGAAGAUUCAGGGUUCUGCUCACUACAGUGCUACUCGCAUCUAUUACCAUCCUCGGCAUGGCCGUGGAUUCACUAGGAAUAAUCAUGGAGCUUGCUGGUCUACUUGGUGGCAAUACAAUGUGUUAUGUCAUGCCGACAUAUCUGUAUUGUGUCAUGUUCGCAGGCAAUAGAGACUGGACUUGGUAUCUAAGUGCAGUCUCAUUCUGCUUCUUCAUGCUCCUUUAUCCAAUAGUAUGUGUUACUUAA